GCGGAAAAGCAAAAGGCCAUCCUAAGCUCAAGCGCCUCGAACUCGCGAUUUGAGCAGCAAUCAAUGUCAUUUUGGAGAUCUACUUUGGGGCGCGUCGGACGGUACAUGACCAGGUAGGAACAAGCACUUCAACCUCGGAAAUGCUUUGCCAGGCUGGAUCAAACAUGUACUCGUGCACGUGCAAUCACGUCUGGACGACGACGUCCAUGAAAGCGCUCGAGGCUUCGGAUUGGCCCUAUGGGUACUUGGUUGUGGACGUCUUGUCGUCUUGGCGGUCGAAUGUGCAAGGUCGCGUCGACAACGUCAUCGGUCUACCAGAGAAUGUGCCUCAUCUCUGCAACUCGCAUUUGGUUGCUCUUGGGCGACUUGCCGGCCCUCAAGACUGCAGUCCACCGCGGCUCAGCAAGGUCGAGCUGGAGCGACUGUCGACAAACCAACGGCUUUUUAUCAAUGGUGGCAAAUCGCGGCGUACGCCGAAUUUAGGCUGGUUAUUUGCGGCACAUCCCGCCCCUUGGCAGAGGCAACGUGGCAUCCAGAUAGCAACAUGCUCUCGGUCGCGUGGCGCUGCCUCGCGCUCGUGUGCCUGCAGGUGCUGGCCCAAGAAGCCUUCGCCGGCUUUGGCGCGAUCCAGGCCGACGCGGCGUCGGUCUUGAGCCACCGCCCGUACGACAUUGUGACGAUCCACCCGCACAACGUGUCGUCGUUCACAGAAGGCCUCCUCUUUGACGGCGGCCACCUUCUCGAGUCCACGGGCCUCAACGGGCAGUCGUUUAUCCGCGAGAUUGAUGCGGUCACGGGCGUGGGCACGGGCAACGAGUUCAAGUUUCCCGACGGCAUCUUUGGCGAGGGCAUCGCCGUCCUCAACGGCACGAUCUACGCGCUCUCGUACCAGGCCAAAGUCGGGUACGCGCUCGACCGAAGCACCUUUGCGCUUCAGCGCGAGUUUGCCUUUGCGACGACGACCGGCGAAGGCUGGGGCAUGACAACGGACGGUGCGCACCUCAUCGUGAGCGACGGGUCGGCGACGCUCCUCUUCUUGGACCCAAACAGCAUGGACGAGGUGCGCCGUGUCGUCGUGACGCAGCACGGCGUCCAAGUGCGUCUCUUAAACGAGCUCGAGUACAUUCACGGCGAGAUCUUUGCGAACGUGUGGUACACCAACCAGAUACUGCGCAUUGACCCGGCGACGGGCCAUGUGCUGCAAGCACUUUUGCUGGACCAGCUGCCGCUGCUAGAGAACCACGCACGGACCAUUCCGGAAGACUGGCGCAAGAUGGACGCUGUCAUGAACGGCAUUGCACACAACCCGCUGAAUAACCACGUGUACGUCACGGGCAAGCUAUGGGACGCAGUCUUUGAGCUCGAUCUAGCGCUACCCAAGGUCGUGCACGGGCGCCGCGUCCAUUAAAUCAAACUAAUAUUGCUUGCGUAAGGAGGACGUCUAGGAGUGACAUUGUGAUCAUGUCAAAUGUGGUACUCCAGUCGACCGAUGCCAAUGUGGGCGGCUCAAGUAGUGUAGUAUUUCUAUUGAGUUGUGGAGGUGCCGCACUGUAUAAAGAUUU